AAUGCAAAACUUCAGGAGUUUGAAGCAACUGAACAGUGUGUUAAUUUAACACAGGAAUUAGAACAAGAAAAGAAAUUAAGAGCUCAAUGUAACAUCGAAUUGGAAAGUUUAAGGCAAUCCAGAGAUCAUUUUGCAAAAGUUUCAAAAUUAGUCGCAGAUGAAGUAAGCGUUUUGCGUAAAAAUGCCGAAAAAGAACGUGAGCAAGCUGAAACUAUGAUAGACGAAGCCAAAAAAGCAAUCAGGGAAAGAGAUGUUUUAGCAAGACAAAGUGCUUUGCUCAUACAAGAUUAUAAACAUGAUGGAGAAGAAGGCAGGAUACUUAAAUUAUUGCAGGAGGUUGGUGAGCUCAAAACAAUGCUCGAAAUGGAACGAAAUGACCAUCAAAGUCAAGUAGCAGAUUUGCUGGAAAAAUUGGAGGACAAAAGUAUAGACCCCCAAAUCGAAGUGUUAGAAGCCAAACUAAAAAUAACCGAACACGAACUAAACGUCGCCAUAGAACGUGCCGAACGUGCUGAAAGCGAAUUACAAAACACUCUUUCCGAAAACAACGGAAGUAUGCAGACGGAUAAUGAUGUUUUCGGAAAUGGCGAAGAGGGAGUUGUUAUGAGGAGGAAAAUGACAAACGGAAAUCAAAUAGUUAUGCCUCCUCCGCCUCCGCCGCCGCCGGUGCCGAAUUUGAAUCUUGGCGCCAAUAAAACGGAAAUCAAAAUCAAGACGCAGGCAAGCGCUGUUGCGGAAAUGGCUGCCAUGCUGGAUAUCAAACCAGUAAACGAUACUCCGGCAAAAACAAAAAAUGAUAAUGGAGGAAUUAUAGAUGCCAUCGUGGAUCAAAUAAAAGGCGGUAGAUUUAGACUGAAAUCAACCGAUGUGCAAAAUAAGUCAAAAACCAAAAAAGAAGAACCUGCUGCCGUUAAAGAAAUGUUAAACAUUUUGGGAACAUUGAGGAGGACCAGGGGGAAGAGGUCAAGUAUGAAUACAGGAAUGCGCUAAUUAAUGAACAAAUAUUUUUAGAAUAUAUUAUAUCCUUAAUUCUAUGGAACAGAAUAAAUCUGUAAUUAUCUGCUUAAUUAUAAAUUAUG